AUGCAAAGAGGAAGUUUUCAGGAGAAGGAAAGUAAUGACAGGACCUCAUCUCCGAUAUUCCUACGCCUGCCGGUGAAAGCUCUUUUACGCUUCCGAUGCCUCUCCAAAUCUCUUGGCAGCGAAAUCGACAGCCCUGAUUUCAGCAUUGCUCAUCUCAAGCAAUCACAAAAAGCUAAAAGCGGCCGCAAACUGAUUUAUAGUGAAACAAAAUUUAUGUAUCCUGAUACUGGUAUAUAUGCUGUUGAUUUUGAUGAUUUGCUCGGUGGAGCCAUUAAAUUAAACAACCCUUUGAAAUCGAAUAUUGGCUUCACUGAGGUGCGGUUGCUGCAACGGUUUGGUCUUGUUGCGUAUUCAAGCCUUUUUGGAUUCGGAUACGACUACGCCGGCGAUGACUACGUUGUCGUACGGAUUGAACAGUAUUUUGUCAACUACGGUUUUGCAGUCCAAGUUUGGGUUUUUGAUUUGUCCUCGAAUUCAUGGAGAAAAAUUGAACCUCAUGAUUGUCCUGGAAAGUACUAUUUUCGCUUGCUAGACGAUCAAGGUGUGUUUGCAAGUGGGGCAUUGCAUUGGCUGUCGAAUUCAUCCAGACAUGGGUGUGAUGAGAUUGUUAGCUUUGAUGUUUCAAAAGAGAAGUUUCUCAGAGUGUUUCCGCUAGUUCGACCCCACGAAGAAGGUUUCACUCUUUCCUUGGAAGCUUUGGGAGGGGACCUGAUUUUGUGUUCAAAUUCAACAGAGUUUUACCCAGAUGAGAUGUUGUUUGGGCUGGCUUCAUUGGAAAACGCUUUGCUUGGAAAAAAUUGUAUGGGUGCCAUCAUUACGAAGUCUAAAUUUUAG